AUAAAUUUGUAUUUUGAAAUCGACAACCCUAAUGUUUAUUUUUAGCGUUUAUUUUAAGAGAUUUUUUGACGUCAAUAUAGCAAUUUAAAAAUGCGGGGCAUGUUCAUAGUGCCGAUGGACCUAGAACCGGGUUUCCGCAAGGCAGACAUGCAUAACAUACCCGCCUUGAACAGUGGAAUGGUGUAUAAUUUUUGUAUGUCUGCGGACCCGGAGAAAUCCAAGCCCAUAUCUACGGAAAAGAGUGAUCUUCUGACGGAUUAUGUGCAAUUGCGACGGCAAGGAGAGCUCUGCGAGCUGAAGGGCUUAAUAUUCUCCGCCUCCGAUUUUGCCAAUACAGAUACUCAUGCCAAUGUUGGCCUAAAGGUGAUGGAAUCUACGCGGACUAUCAUGGAGGGACAGUGCAGUUUGUGUCCAUUAGCUGAUGCCUGUUCACACAUCGUAGCAUUUCUGUUUUGGCUUCUGAACAAAAGCGCGGAACGCACUCCCUCGGCGGUGGUCGAAUUCUGGGGCCACGAACUGGAAACCCUAGUCCAACCGGAGCCGAGCAGGGCAUUCCGCAUAUGUGACUUGCUGCCUAAGGAUGAGGUGCGGCUGGAAAGCGAGAUGAGCUCGCAGGCUAUGAGCAGCAGCGAAGGACAAAGCUUCUUGGAUUCCGUGUUGGAUGAGCUAUCGGCCUGUGGCCGAGACUCUGCCCUGUACCGACAGUGCGUAGACACCGCCGACGAGUUCGAGUCCCUCUUCGUGCACCACGUGCUCCUUCGGGCAGGAGAUCUCCAUAUCGUCGACGUGCCGAGCUUUGUCCAGUACAUGGAACUGCAGGCACCUACUGGCAUCUACGAAAGCCUCAACGAGGUUACCCGCCUGCAGUAUAAAUCCCGUCUCUGGGUGGAGAUUCAAUACAUGCGUAUUCGCUGCUCCAUGAUGCACAUGAUUGUGUCGCGGAAAACCGCGGAGGACGAGGAACAAAUUUUCAAUGUGAUGUUCUGCAAGGGGCGGGACAAGAAUGUUGAGGAUCGGAUUCAGCAGAAGCAGCACAAGCGCUUCAUUUUGAAACAAACCGAAAAGCUCGAGAAUAAGGAGUAUUCGGAGUGCGGACUAUUGUUGCAUGAAAACUACCCCUACCUGUGCGCGUCGCCCGACGGCAUCACGGACGACCAUAUUGUGGAAAUUAAAUCUCCAAAGACGGAGGAUGAGUUUGAGAAGUAUCUGGAGGCUAGGGAAUCCAUUUCCCCCAAGUACAUGGCCCAGAUACAGAUCCAGAUGUUUCUGGCGAACGUGAAAAAGGCUCUGUACUGCGUUCUGAGUCCAACAUUCGAGACGAACGGAGCCCUGCAUUAUGUGUGGGUUCAGUCGGACCCGGAGUUUGUGGCCAGUUUGCUUGCGAUGGCGGAGGAGUUCUGGCGCGACAUAGUGUAUCCCAGGCUGAUGAACAUCUACCCCCAAUAAAUUUCACUCACCUUUUGCGAAGAUUUGCAGGGAAAUUACAGCCUUGGCUUCGCCAUGACAGUUGCUGGCUAUGACUGAGUAGGUGCCGGUGAAGUCCAACUUGGCGCUGGGUAUCUCCAGGCGGUACUCGGGGCCGUCUCCGAUGCGUCGGAAGUGCGGUGCGUCCUUGUAGUACUCCGGCUGAAGUGUAAGAGAAAUACGAGGUGUUCAGCUCAGAUGGGAAUUCAAGGCUGCGGCGCCAAGCGAGAUGAGCGAUUCUAUAGCGUCUAUAAGGACUUGUUCGACUGUGCAGUGAAUCACAACUGUCGCAGUGCAAAUGUUACUGGCGCAGCGCAGUCAGAUUAUUGUUAUUAUUGUGUUUAUCGAAUGGCCAUAUAUGUACAAAAUUCAGUUUCGAAACCGACUAGGAAAACUGGUAACAGGUUUGCAGGUUGCCCACCCUGACCUCCUACCACUCCUACUGGCCUGCCUGCUUCCUUGGUACGGUGUCCAGCACAGUGACUAAUAUUUUAUGUGAAACAGCUUCUUUCUAAGUGGCAAUUGAUUCGUAAUAAAGAUGAAAACCCUAAGAUAGGA